AAACUAAGUGUUCUUUAUUUUGUGAAUUGUUUGAAAUUGCAGACUAACUAAAAAAAUGUAGAAAUACUCAGUUUCAGCCAAAUUAUUUUCACUGGAACAGAUUUAAAAACUAGCUAUGUCGAAGUCCGCUUAACAUCAUAUAUUAAUAAUACUAAAUAACCUAACUUUUUUUAUUUAGUUACUUAAGCUUGUUCGUUAUAUUAUAAACUAUGUUCAUAACAAAAGUAAAGGAAAACUUGAAAAAUAUGAAAACGCUGCCGAAAUGCAAUCAUUUCCAUCUAACAGGAAGUUAUCGUCAUCAAAAAACUUGAAUAAAAUAAAACUCCUUCAUUCAAAUGAAAUAGUUAACUGUUUUUUUAUGCACAUUUUUAUACAUUUUACUAUCGUUUCACUAAUUGUAAUUUAGAUAAACAUAUAAAAUUCCAAAAACCAUGUAAUAGUUUAUUCAAAUACAAAAAAGAAGGAGUGGUAAUUACAAAUAAUUGAAUCUUAUCACUAGUAAAAGUUGUUAAAUAUAAACGUAAUUAGGAUACGCAGUGACAUCAUGAACAUAACCUAUCAUUGCAACAUAUUUCAGCAUUAAUUUAGAAGUCAUGAAUUAGUUGAUUCUCAUAUUUCAGCAUUUAACAAAAUUUAGCCAUAGCCAACUUCCUGUAUUUUUUCUUCAGUUAACUUAACAAUGAUAAAGAAUAGAUAAUUCAAUAAGCAUUAGCACUUUCAUACUUCCGUUUGAAAGGCACCCAUAGCAGAAAAAAAUGCUUGAUGUAACAUAGAACAAGAUAAUUUUUUAUCAUAUCAUACCGGACGUUAAAUAGAUACGCAUACUGACUCUUCGAUCCUUUAUUAUUAUUGAACUCAUCUAUUAUGAUUUACAUAAUUGUUUAAAAUAUAGUAGUCCAGCUAAAGCUUCUAGUUCAUAUGAAUAAUAUUCGAAUCAAUUAUUGUUCUGACUAACUGUACGAAUCGAUACCGGACCGAACUGGUUCAAAAGAACUAAAAUAGCUGGUAAUAAACACUAUUUUUGGAUUGAAAGUUAAUUUUGUGAAUAAAUAAUUGAAAUGAAAAUAAGGGAGGUGAUAAAAUCCUUUAAAAUUAGAAGAAACCGUCAAAUAUCCUCUACAAACUUGGUUUCAUUUGAAGCAUUUUACAACGAUCGUAAAAAUAAGUUUUCUAAUAUUAAGGAACCAUGUACUAAGACUAAUUCAUUUCCGUCCCAGAAUGAGGAAUAUGCUGGUGGAUAUGUACGUUUUAAAGAAACAAGUGAAGAAAAACCAGUGAUCCGUCCUAGUCUACCUAUAGUUCUAGUAAUUUUCAUUCUUACGUCUGUAUUUAUUGUACUUCCAAUAAUAUACUUAAUCAAUUGUUUUAAAUUUUCGUUUGAUAAUCAAGAAUUCUAUCAUCGGAUGACUCCAGCUUUUUUUAGCAAUGCAACAAAAGAAUACGACACUAAGAAACCCCAAAAAUUUCAUGAUUUACCAUUUCCUCCUAGUCCAGAUUACAAUCAAUGUAAACUCCUAAAAGACAUUGAUAAAUAUGACUGUUUCCCUGAAGAUGAUGUUGAUGCUGAAAAAUGUGAAGCAAGAGGCUGUUGUUGGAUACCGAAACCAAAAAAUAAACCUGAUCAACCAAUUGACGUGCCAUACUGUUUCUACCCGCCAAAUUACAAUACUUAUAAAAUCAUUAAUAUCACUGAAACUAGUUUUGGAUUGAUAGCAUUUUGGAAGAGGCAAUAUAGAACAGCUUAUCCUGAUGAUGUAGAAGUUUUGAAAAUGAUUGUUAAAUAUGAAACAGAGACCAGAUUAAGAGUGAAGAUUGUAGAUCCAAAUAAUUUCAGAUUUGAAUCGCCAUAUCCAGAAGUUCCUAUUGUUGAUAAAGCUUCAAUUUCCUUAACGUACAUCUUCGAAAUUAAUAUAUUUAAGUCUGGUUUUAAAGUUAUGAGAAAAAGUGACAAUACUACUAUAUUUGAUUCUAAUAAUUUCUUGAACUUAAUCUAUUCGAAUCAGUUGCUACAAAUUAGUUCAAAACUACCCUCAAAAUUCAUUUAUGGAAUUGGAGAGCAUAGAUCUAAUUUACUACUGUCUACAGAAUGGUCCAGGUUCACUUUAUUUAAUCAUGACGAAAUUCCCACAAAUAAUAAAAAUUUAUAUGGGAGCCACCCAUUUUAUUUAGUUAUGGAAAACUCUACCAAAAGCCAUGGAGUAUUUUUAUUAAAUAGUAAUGCAAUGGAUGUUAUUUUACAACCCACACCAGCUAUCACAUUUAGAACCAUUGGCGGAAUUUUGGAUUUCUAUUUCUUUUUGGGACCAUCACCGUCUGAAGUCAUUAACCAAUAUACCGAUCUGAUUGGUAGACCUUAUAUGCCUCCAUAUUGGAGUCUGGGAUUCCAUUUAUGCAGGUUUGGAUAUAAAACUUUAAAUGAAACCAAAAAAGUGAUGCAAAGAAAUAUUGAUGCUGGAAUUCCAUUGGAUACCCAAUGGAAUGACUUGGAUUAUAUGAAUGUUAGCAAUGAUUUCACAUAUGAUCACAACAAUUUUAAGGAAUUACCAAGUUUUGUAAAUGAGUUGCAUUUGAAGGGUAUGCACUACAUUCCCCUAAUUGAUCCGGGCAUUAGUGCCAGUGAAACUCCGGGAUCUUACCCACCAUACGAUGUAGGAAUGGAAAUGGAUAUAUUUGUUAAAAAUUCCACUGGAUUACCUUUUAUAGGAAAGGUGUGGAAUAGAGUGUCUACUGUAUGGCCGGAUUUUACUAAUCCAAAUGCUGUAGAUUAUUGGACGUUAAUGUUAAAAAAUAUGCACAAAACAAUCCAAUUCGACGGAGCUUGGAUCGAUAUGAACGAACCGUCAAAUUUUUAUUCGGGUACAAAUAAUGGCUGUUCAAAUUCCACUUUUGACAAUCCACCCUAUCUCCCAUAUGUCGACGGUGGAAUUAUUUACUAUAAGACGUUGUGUAUGGCUGCUAAGCAUUAUGCGGGGCUGCAUUACAAUGUUCAUAAUUUGUAUGGACUCACAGAGGCCAUAGUUACCAGCUUUGCUCUUGCAGAAAUAAGAGGUAAAAGACCGAUGGUUAUAUCACGGUCGUCAUUCUCUGGUUUGGGACAUUAUGCGGGGCACUGGAGUGGAGAUGUUUGGUCUUCUUGGGAUGAUAUGAAGUUUUCAAUUCCAGGAAUUCUAUCAUUCAGCCUAUACGGUAUUCCUUUAAUGGGAGCUGAUAUAUGUGGUUUCAACGGAAAUACAACAGCUCCAUUAUGUAAUAGAUGGAUGCAGCUAGGAGCAUUUUAUCCUUUUUCUAGAAACCAUAACACCGAUGAUGGUAUUGAUCAAGACCCUGUAGCUCUAGGAAAGCAAGUGAUCGCAUCAUCCGUAAAGGCUCUAACAGCUAGAUAUUAUCUAUUACCUUAUCUGUAUACAUUAUUUCACAAAGCGCAUGUAAAUGGUGAAACUGUAGCAAGGCCAUUAUUCUUUGAAUUUCCGGAAGAUGUGAAUACGUAUGGAAUAGAUACUCAAUUUUUGUGGGGUUCUGCAUUAAUGAUAAUCCCUGUUUUACAGGAUUCUGACGUUACAGUUACUGCUUAUAUACCAAAAGGUACUUGGUAUGAUUUUUACAACCUCGAAGGAUCAUAUAGUAAAGGAGAAAAAUUUACUCUGGAUGCACCAUUAGAUACGAUUCCAUUAUUAAUUAGAGGUGGUUGUAUAGUACCAUUACAAGCACCAAAAAAUACUACUACCGAAUCCAGAAAAUCGAAAAUUGAACUUUUAGUAGCUAGUGAUGAAAAGAAAUAUGCUAUUGGUGAUUUGUAUUGGGAUGACGGUGAUUCACUCAAUUCGUUUGAAGAAAAACAAUAUUCCUCAAUUACUUUCGAGCUGGAAGAAAACACAUUAAGAUCAUACGCUACUUUUAUAGGAUCUGAUAUACCACCGAAUUUAGACAGAGUUGCUGUUUUGGGUAUCGAUGAUAUCAUUAAGGAAGUAUCAGUUAAUGGAUUUAUGCACAAGAAUUUCGACUAUAACUCCAAAUUUAAGUAUUUGAACAUUGAAAAAUUGGACAUCUCUCUACAAGCACCUCUGGUUAUUUCAUGGAAGUAAACCAAGUUUAUUUAUUGACACGCACACUUAAUAAUCAAACUUUUUUAAGUAUUAUUCUAAAUGUCAUUUAGACACUUCGCUUCUAAGCUCAACGUUUAUAUUUGUAUGGAAUUAUUAAUAUUUUAAAAAGCCAUGUUUGAAACUUUUAUAUAUAGAGAGCUAAUAUCUAUGUUUAAACAUUUAUAUGGUAAUGGAAUUCGAAAACCAUUGAGAAGGAUAUUUUGGAUAGAGUAUUAUAGUGACAUUUAUGUAUGAUCAACUUCAUCGCUUAAUUUUUCAGACUAGACAAUUGACAAUUUUUUUAAGGUAUAUCGAAAAUAUUUCUGAUGAGAAAAAAAAUGUUAGAUCCAUCGAGGUAAAUGAAAUUCACUGGGUGGCAUUUUUUCAAGAUGAUUUAAUGGUCUACAAAAAAAGAAUGAUUGAAUUUUUUUGUCAGAUGAACUGUUUUCUCAUAACCACGACUUAAAAAUUGGUAUGAUUACAGAAUUUGAUUUUUUAACUUUGGAAUAUUGUAAUUACUUAAAAAUUAGUAUCCGUAUUAAUUCAAUGAAGAUUCUUGAAGAGAAUUUAAUUUCCUAAAAAUUUCUCUUGAUAUUUUUAGUUAAAGUCACUCCUUUGAAAGUUAUUCAGAGUUGAAGUCAGAAUGAAAUUCUAGUUUUUUUUUGCUGUAGAUUUAAUUUUUUUGAUCCCAUUGAAAACUUCAUUCUUCGUUUAUUCCAUCAACAAAAGUGAUUGAUUGAAAAUGCAAUUUUCUGAAGAAAUUAACUUUUCUAUAAAUAAAAAUUAUUACCUAUAAAAAGGUCAAAUUUUUCAGUGGGCUCAAAAAAAUUGCAUCUACAAUGAAAAAAACAAGAAAUUCAUUUUGACUUCAACUUUGAAUAACUUUCAAAGAAGUGAAUUUAACUAAAAAUCUUAAGAAAAGUUUUUUGUAGAAAAUUAACUUCCCUUCUAGAAUCUAUUGAAUUUUGUCUAACAUUUUUUUUGUCAUCCGAAAUAUUUUCGAUAUACUUCAAAAACAAAUAGAUGACUUUUUUGACCCAAACUAUUGUACACUAUAACAUGAUAUUUUAAUAUAAAUUAUUUUUUAUUUUGAGUCUCAGAUAUUUAUAAUGUUUAUAAAACAAUUGUAGAAUGAUUAAUUUCUAUUUCUAUAGGCUUUUACCCUUUUUUACCUUUUUAAAGAUCCUUACUGUUAUUUUUAUUGCCUUUAAUUUGGAUUUUUAAUAUUUGAUUUCAUAUUUCAUCUUCACUUUUUUUAUAGUAUAUAUUUCUUUUCUCUCUACUUUAUUUAUCUAGAUUAUUGUUCUAUUUGUUUAUUUUUCUUAUGUUUUGUAGCUGACGUGCAUAUACUUUCUCUAACCAUAUUUUCUCACACAUAUGAAAGUCAUUUUAUCUUACCAAUUUAUUUUUUCAUCACUAUUUAUGAUUUUCAGCAUUUUACCUCAAAAAUAUUUCUACUAGCAAACCUUUACUUUUUAUAUCAGCCGGUGUCAAUCAAAUUGAAAUUAUUUCCGUCCAAAUUAAAUUCAUGUAGUCGAAGUAUCUUUCAGUUAGAUCAGUAUGGCUCUCAAAAUAUCUAUAAUUUAAGAAUUACUUUAGAGAUUAUUUGUUAUUUGAAAAUAUUUUCAAUUUAUCGUCUAUAUUAGUUAAUUUAGGAUUUUUAGGUGAUUUAGUUCAAGACUCUGUACACAAUAGGUGUUGAGAGAUUCGUUAAAACAUUUUUUGGAAAGUAGAAAAAUUUGAAUGAAUUCCGUUCUAAAUGAAGUCUGUGUAAAUAUUCCAAGAUUUUAAAUGGUACCGUAGAUUUCUUCCUUAUACCAGAUUAAACCAGUGGUUCUGGUUCAGGCAAUGGGCAAUUUGUGGCAAAAACUACUCAACGUUCGAUAACUUAGCACUCUAGGUUGCUGAGCAACUAAUUGAUGGACUUUCGUAGUACCUUUCAGCAGAAUAAUUUCACUUGGAAUUUCUAUUAAAAUGUGGACAAUGUCAUCUUUUACAAUAAGCAAAAGCUUCAUCUUACUACGGUCUUUAAGUGCUUCAUGAAAUUGUAAAGCCUUAAUAAUUUGUACACUGGUGACGAUAUGGUCUGCUAAUGAAGUCUGUUUAAAUAUAACAAAAUUUUGAAUGGUACCGUAGAUCUCUUCAUUAAACCAAUGAGAAUAUUCCAGAACCGAUUUUUAUCAAUACUAAGAGUGAUAUAAUGGAAAUGUAUAUCAUUAUGUAUGAUAUUAAUUCAAAACUGUUCACAUGGACUACAUUUAUUGCUAUAUAUGAAUUUUUCCACGUAGUCAAUUAUUUAAAAUUGAUAUAUUUGUGGAAAGUAUCCGUUUCAUAAUCAUAUGUCUGUGUUAUACCAAAGUUUAAGUAAGUUAUUUACUAUUAGAUGUGUCAAAUUUUACAGAAAACAAAAAUCUUAUUAAAUGUUACCUGAUAGAUAGUAAAUUAGAUGUAGAAUUAAAAAUAAGAAGAAUCUAUUGUGAUUUAAUUGCUCAAUGACUUGUUUAAUUUGAACUAUUUUAAUUUCAUAUACACUCAACAGCAAAAAAAACAGAUAGUUGUAUUCAAAAUAUUAAUCUGUUGGUUAAUUUAUAAAUUGUUGGCACAAAAUCUGUCACAAAUCAAUAAUUUUAAUUGAUUAUGAAUAUAAAAAUACAGAAUAAAGAGAGAGAGAAAAACACAUUUUAUUAGAACCUUGAGAUAUGGAAGAAAUUAAAUUUUGGACGUAAUCCACAAAUUCUCUAUGGACAUCAUAUCGGAAGAUUGUGCAGGCCAGUCUAGAAUAUAACCAAUUUUUCCAAGUAUUGCGUAACGAAUCUGGCGAUAUGUGGACGAGCAUUAUCCUCCAUCAAAAUUAAUUCAUCACCAAUAAAUGGAGCAAAUGGGAUCACAACCUCUAGCAACAGUCAUAGCCUUAUUAUCAGUAAAAAUCAGUGGGACGUGGAAAUUAAUUCCACUCCAAACUAUAACUGAUCUCCUUUCAAAAGGUUAUAAAUUGUUCCCCUAAUAAUCCCUAUCGUAUAGACCAAAUCGAGACUGGUUAACAAACAAUCACCUUUCUCUUUAAUGCCUUUCCAGGAGUUGGAGUCCUGUCAAUCUCCACCGUAAUGUGUGUGAGCCACUUCAAGUCUAUCCCGAACCUUAGAAGCUAUUAGAUAUUGAAAUCUGAGUUUUAUAUAAUGGUCUACUAAUCCCUUAGGGAUUAGUUCGAUGGACUCUGACUCUACAUUCUCUAUUAUAAUCAGAUUACCCACAAAAACAAAUACAUUAGCUUUUAGUUUGAAAAAUAUGAAGUGUCCGAUUUUUUUGCUGUUGAGUUUAUUUAGAACUGAUAUUCUAAAUUCAUCCUAAAACUUCAAACAUAAGUACAGUAAAAUCUUUCUUAACUGAAAUGGGAGUUGAGGGUGGUUUCAGGCAACAUAAAUUAAAAAGGAUUAUUUUAACUAUAUUUUUACAUAUAUGCAACUAGCAACGUUGUUUUUAUAAAAUCUUUAUUUCUUUUGGUAUCGUUUUCUGGUAGCAAUAUCUCCCUAACUGUUACAUCAAUAAUGAUCUUUUCCAAUCUUUCCCCAACAUGAAAAGCAACCUAAACAUAACAGUAUAAGGAAUCUAAAGUGAAUGUGAUUUAAUACUUAUAUGAAGCCUUAAUCAUAGUUUGCAUAAAAAUUUACCUUCAUGGGAUUGAAGAUCUCAUCAACUCUGUCAUCGCUACUAUCUGUCUCAACUUCGUCAUCUGAUUCGUUGUGGCUAUCUUCAUUUGACAAUAUCUUGACCCAUCUAUUUAUAUCAGAGGUAUAUGGUUGUUGAUUCCCUUCCAGUUUCACUCCCUUCUAUGGCGUUUUGUCUCAAUGACUGAUUUAUUGUGUUUUUAUUUUAUUUUUUCGACGUCGCUUCGGUUAAGAGAGCUUUUAUUGUAUAGUAUUUUUAAAGUCAACGUGAAAAGAGAUAUUUUUAAUUCCACUGAAUUAUAAAAUCGAAAAUUUUGCAAUAUAGGAGGACAUUAAAAGCAGAAUAAAUACUUUAGGAAGGGAAGGCUACAGGAAUAGGCAAUAGGGGUGCUACAAAGCUGCGCCAAUUGGUCUAUCAACACCAAUGUCAGUAAUAUUUAGUGUCAAAUCAUUUGACUGCAGACAAAUAAAAAUAUUUCAGUGAUAGGUCAAUCAGAACUAACUUUCAAAUGUUAUCCAAAAGGACAUUUAAUAUUUAUACAACUUAUUCGUCGUUCGGUGUAGAUGGAUUGUGAUAAUGUAAAAUAUUUAAUUAGACUGCGUUGUUUUUUUUUAGUAGCCUGCUGAUGAAUUCCAACUUUUAGAAUUGUUUUAACCCUCUACUGCAUGAAUUAUAAAAAAAGUAUUUGAUGGUUAUUUAGGCUUUAUUUAGGAAUAAAAUUUACUAAAAAAAAAGAAAAUUAAAAAAAUUUUCUUACAUAAAUUGAGAAAAAAACAAAGGUCGUAUAUGGGUUCGUAUGAAGAAUAAAGAAACAAAUAUAAAUUUAAGUGUUUAGUAUAAAAUAAAAAUUACAGUAAUUUUAAUAAUGAAAUACCGAUAAAUAGUUUCGUUUGUUGUAACAUUUUCUACACUUUGUGUAAGUUUUUUGCCCUCAAAAUUGACAUUUUUCUCCGUUUCAUCCAUUCAGAUAUAUGGUCUAUUCCAUGAGUCCUCGCGGAGUUUAAAGGUACAUCUUGAUGUCUGACAGAUUGGAUUGGAUGGAGCAAGACUUCCUUGCCAAGAAAUUGGUGUUCCAUCUCUAAUGUGAUUUACAUGAAGCCCGAAGUGCUCUGAAACAGCGUGCUUGAAAUCAAAUAGAGACAUGUAAACGUCUGAAUUGUUCCUGUCUAUCACAUGAAAAAAUAUUCGUUUAUACCAUUUCUUGGAUCUCAAAUGAAUUCUAUACAACCAAGCAUAAAGUCUCAUUAAUCAACACCCCCUUAUGCCGGUUAUAUACUUCAAUUGCUUGAGACAAUUAAUGUUUUUGUACAGUGUUUCCUUUCUAAAGGAUUUUCGUUUUGUAGUCAUUGGUUCACUACCUACAUAAGUUGAAAGGAUAUUAACCAGUUUAUUAUUAAACCAAGUAACGGCAUCAAUAGUGGCAACCUUUUCUAUGAAAAAUUCACGUUCUUGUUUCUUCAACUCUUUUUUUUCUGGCGGUAUAUCUAUAUUAGGAAUUCUGUUCAGGCACACUGUACUUAGAGGCAAAAGUCCAAUCUUCGUAAGAUGUACCUGGAGUCACGACAUUGCCGCUAACACCCAAAUCUUGUGUACCUUCAGGUCGUUAAUUACUUUGAUCACCAGCAAAAAAAUCAAAAUCAUAACUAAAUCCUGAAAGUUCACAAGAACUUGAUUCCUGUAUCCCCUAUAUCGCAGAAUUGUAUUGUUUCAGGUCAUGAUGAACUUUUGUAGGGAUUAUCCGUUCAUCAACUGCCAGAUAUUCCUCUUUCGGUACUACUAAAAGUUGCUGCUUAGUACCAUCUGAAAGUGGACGCACUUUGAAUAACUUAUUUCAAAUCUAUUGCAUGCCGUAGUUUCGUAAAUUUGUGACUGCUCUAAAGCCUUGUUCCAGUAAUAUCGUGAGGUAGGUAAUUUCACUAUAGACAUGAAUAUUAUCAUGCCAAUAAAUUGAUUAAUUUCUUGUUUGGAAUUUAAAUUAAAUUGAACAAGUAAAAAAUCUGCUGGUGUUUCAGCUUUUUCAAAAAACUCUGGUAAUUGCGUGGCUUCAAUAAUUUAAAAAUUAUUUUCAUCAUUUUUUGGAUUCCUAUUUUAUUGUAGUGGGUUUAUGAUUUUGUCUGUGUGGCCGGUGGAGGUUAUCAUCAGAGCAAUCACUACCUGUUUCAGUUAUAACAAGAGAUCGUUUAUGACGUUGAAAUUGUCUAUAUUCACUUUUAGAAUCGGAGGCUAAUUCAUCAUCACCAAGCGAGCUCCAGUUAGAAUGAAUACGAAACCAUUAUGAUUUCAUCAACAAAGCACUUUAAUAUGAAAGAAAUAUGCGUAAAAUUAAAGACUAAAUAAUAUAUUUAUAAAAUAGUACAAUAACAGCAUCAUGUUUUGUUUUUUUUACCACUUUUUUCGUGCAGAAAAUAUCUUUUGAAAAUUGUGUUUACAGAUACUAAAUAGAACUUCACACAAGCGCUAGAAAAGUGAGGUUAUAACCAAAAUGACUUGACUAUAGGUAACAAAAAAUAUUUUCGUAUUGCCAACGUAACAAUUAAAAUGUCCACCAUGCGUAUAGUUAUUGCUAGAUUUUUAAGAAUGUGAAGAAGUAACAAUUUACUGAAAAAAGGAGAAUAAUUAUUAGCAAUUUUAUAAGAAUAUAUCUGACAAUCUCAUUUUAAUCAAUGUCUUCACGUUGACUUUAGAUAUACUAUACUUAAUACUUUUACUCUAUAUAAAUAUUGUAAUAUUUAUUGUAAGAGACAGGGAUCGGUUUCAAAAUUUAUUGUAAUAAAUUGUGUCACUAUAUAUUAAAUCGUUAAAUUUUUUAGAUAAAACGGCGAAUCAUUCCAAUUGUGGUGUCCGUGUGCAUCGUUUUUUGGGUUAGCUAGUGACUCUUUAUAUUAUUUGAAACAAUUGAGUCACAAAAUUUGAAAUAAGAACUAAAAAAUAUUGAGAAAGUUAAUAAAACUCAAAUUAUAAAUUUUUCACCCAUAUAAAAAUAGGAAAAUUUCAAUUUGACCAACAUUUGAGGUCUCAAUCUUGCUUCUGUGAUCUUAACAUCAAAUUUUUUGCUUUUCUAUUGUUCUUUCGUGAUCAGACUCUUUAGCUUGCAUCUUACAAUGGGUUAAGGUAGUGGUUGAUUCAUUGUUUGGUAUAUUUUAUUAUCCGAUAAUUCGCCAUGCGGAAGAUCAUCUUCCAGCAGGAAAAAAGAAGAUGGUUGAUAUGAACUACUAUGUUUUCUUUCCGUCAAGGUUAUUUUCCAUGAAUACAAAGCACAUAUAUAUAUUUAACAUUGAGUUCUUCUUGUACAAAAUUCUCUUUCUUCGGUGAUCUUCUCAUCACAUUUUUUGCUUUUUUAUUGUUUUGUCGUUGUCAGAAUCUGUAGCUUGUUUCUUACGAUGGUUUGAAGUGUUGGGGCUUCAUUGUUUUGUAUAUUCCAUUAUCUGAUAAUUCACCAUGUGGAAGAUUAUCUUUCAGCUGGAAAAAAGAAGAUGGUCGACGUAAACUACCAUUUUUUUCUUCCCGUCAGGGUUGCUUUUCAUAAACACAACGCACAUAUUAUAUAUAUUUAAAAAUAACCUCUAUUGCCAUUGAGUUCUUCUUCUUGUACAAAAUUCUCUUUCUUCGGUGAUCUUCUCAUCACAUUUUUUGCUUUUUUAUUGUUUUAUCGUUGUCAGAAUCUGUAGCUUGUUUCUUACGAUGGGUUGAAGUAGUGAGGGUUUCAUUGUUUUGUAUAUUCCAUUAUCUGAUAAUUCACCAUGUGGAAGAUUAUCUUUCAGCUGGAAAAAAGAAGAUGGUCGACGUAAACUACCAUUUUUUUCUUCCCGUCAGGGAUGCUUUUCAUAAACACAACGCACAUAUUAUAUAUAUUUAAAAAUAACCUCUAUUGCCAUUGAGUUCUUCUUCUUGUACAAAAUUCUCUUUCUUCGGUGAUCUUCUCAUCACAUUUUGUGCUUUUUUAUUGUUUUAUCGUUGUCAGAAUCUGUAGCUUGUUUCUUACGAUGGGUUGAAGUAGUGAGGGUUUCAUUGUUUUGUAUAUUCCAUUAUCUGAUAAUUCACCAUGUGGAAGAUUAUCUUUCAGCUGGAAAAAAGAAGAUGGUCGACGUAAACUACCAUUUUUUUCUUCCCGUCAGGGAUGCUUUUCAUAAACACAACGCACAUAUUAUAUAUAUUUAAAAAUAACCUCUAUUGCCAUUGAGUUCUUCUUCUUGUACAAAAUUCUCUUUCUUCGGUGAUCUUCUCAUCACAUUUUGUGCUUUUUUAUUGUUUUAUCGUUGUCAGAAUCUGUAGCUUGUUUCUUAUGAUGGUUUGAAGUGUUGGGGCUUCAUUGUUUUGUAUAUUCCAUUAUCUGAUAAUUCACCAUGUGGAAGAUUAUCUUUCAGCUGGAAAAAAGAAGAUGGUCGACGUAAACUACCAUUUUUUUCUUUCCGUCAGGGUUGCUUUUCAUAAACACAACGCACAUAUUAUAUAUAUUUAAAAAUAACCUCUAUUGCCAUUGAGUUCUUCUUCUUGUACAAAAUUCUCUUUCUUCGGUGAUCUUCUCAUCACAUUUUUUGCUUUUUUAUUGUUUUAUCGUUGUCAGAAUCUGUAGCUUGUUUCUUACGAUGGGUUGAAGUAGUGAGGGUUUCAUUGUUUUGUAUAUUCCAUAUCUUAUAAUUCACCAUGUGGAAGAUUAUCUUUCAGCUGGAAAAAAAGAUGGUCCACGUAAACUACCAUUUUUUGCUUUUCAUAAACACAACGCACAUAUUAUAUAUAUUUAAAAAUAACCUCAAUGGCUAUUGAAUUCUUCUUCUUGUAUUAUCUAAUAAGAUAUUAAGUAUUGUUAACGUCAUCUUUUGUCUCAUACUACUUUAGAGUCAUCUGUGAUUUAUUAUUGUGCUUUGAGCUGACUCUAUCAACAGUAUGUCGGCUCCAAAAACAAAUUCAUAAUUUUACUUUUCUUGUGUAGUUAUGAAAUCAUUGUUGCAUCUUUUGUGAAAACAAAUAUCGUAAAUUUUACAGGUCUAGUGUUUAUAUUGAAUUGUAAUGGUGUAAAUCUGUUUUAUUUUAGCAAACAGUGCCCAAUAGCUAGUUUUUUAUCAGCUAAUGGGACAUUAGUGAAACAUAUGUCAUUUGUAAUAUUUCUUCUAGCUCUAUGAAGUUAUUGAAAAAAUUCUGAAACAACACGGAAUUCUUGGUUUUCUUCUUAUUUCGUACCAGAGACUUUUCUAGUAUAAACUUUCAUUAUACAAAUAUGCCGUUUUCAUAUCUGCAACUGUCCAAAUUUUCAUACCUUAUCAACCAGAUUUUGACUUAUUGAUAUUAACAAACCCAACAAAUAUUCUAGAAGAUUGAUUUUAAUCAAAAUACUCUUCAAUAUGACAUCAGUUUUUUACGUUUAUAGAAUGUAGAAACAAUAUUGUGGUACAUUUCGUAUAGGUUUGGCAACAUUUUCUAAUUCAGAAACUUGAUUUGUAAAAUAUUAAAUUCAAAAUUGUAAUUCAACUUUCAACUGGACUAAUUAUUUAAGUACAAAAAACCGCCAUUCUUGUCUCUAACAAGGUUUUUAACAUUCAAUCUUACUUUAAUUUUUGAAAUAACUGUAUACAUAUCAUCUAAUGAUGAAAUAAAUUCUGUUUUAAUCUAAAUUAACGUUUUUUCUUCUAAUUUAUAACAAACUUUGAUUUUAAAAAUCACCAGAAAAAUUUCAAGCCGGAUUUACGCAACACAGCACGUAGUUCUGUUAUCUGCAGGAUUGAACACAUCGACGCAGCGCGACUUGAUACGACACGCGCGAGCUCACAGACGUGUACCUCCGUAAUUCAGACACAAUUUGCUGUGCCACACGUGUAGAUGACUAGCAAGACUUUCCUGAUUUUUUUUAAGAAAUAAUGACAGAAGAAAAGUU